AUGGCCCUCGACAGAUGUGAGGCGCGGGGCAUGUGGGGCGCGGAGGCGGGCUGGUGGUGCGGCGCGCUGGCGGCCGCGGCGCUGCUGCUGCUUGCCGCGGCCGUGCGCGCCGCCUGCCGCGAGAGGGCGCACAAGCACGCUCAGGUGCACGUAGUUCGCUGGGAGCCGCUGGCGCGCGCGCCGCGCCUCGCCCGCGUCCCGCGCCCGCGCGCCGCCCCCCUCGUCCGCCUCGCCCUCACCGGAGCGCCCCCUAACGACCGCCCCACUACCCCGCCCCAGAUCAUAAUAGUAAACAACUCCACGCAAACCACGAUCGCUCAAGGAGACAACGCUGCUCCUACCACUUCCUCUUCAUCUCCUAACCCGCCCCAAAACCAACCCUCGACCUCCUCAGAGUUUAAAGGCAUCCCCAAACUACCGCUGCCAGAACAGUGGCUUCAUAAAAGGUCAUUAGACUGCAAGUAUUCCUCUACUAUCCCGAGACCGUUAGCCCAAAUCGUCAACUCGGAAUUGGGCGCGGAAUUGACGCAGGAAUCCCGCGCGAAGAAAUACAGCGCGACCCGAUCCCCGUCUUUGGAGAAAGACGACAAAUCCCCUUUCCCGAGUAGUGCCAAGUCUGAUAACGAGGUGUUCGGCUUCGAGCCGGAAGCAGUCAAAAAACUGGAGGACGAGACCAAGAAAGAGACGGGCGAUAUGGCGUCGCCCAAAGAUCCAGGAGACAGAGGCCAGGAGUCUCCAGGAAACCUUAGGAGGUUCCGAUCGGUCAGCACCAGGUUAAACAUGUGCAGUGUGAACGAAAACCCUCUAUUAGAAGGUCAGCAGGAACGAUUGGAAAUGCAGAACAGCCCGAGAAUAUUAGAGUGCAGCUCAGCUAAAGAGAAAUCUUCGGCCCCCAAAUUCGACUUCUCACCAAAGAUAUUCGCUGACAGUAUCAGCUCCCCGAGAUUCUUCACUCCCCCCGAAACCGUUUCUCCCAUGUUCUUCGCUGAGCCUUCCCCUAAAUCGGUCUACUACGACACUGUUAGAUCUCCGAAAUUCUUUCCCGAAACGCCUAGAGAUGCAGAAGUUCCUCAAUCGCCAAGAACCUUAGGUAGUAAUUUGAACAGAAACGGCUUCGAGAAGCCCAGUUCACCUAGAAUAUUACUAAGCGCCAAACCCAGCCCCAAAGUACAUAUUUGCAAUAAGGAGAAUUAUUUCACAUUCGAACAAAUCGCACUUUCCGAAGACAUAGCGAGAGCUUCCCCUAGACCCAAGAAGUACGGAGGGAGGAAUUCCAUAGAAAGGGAAAGAUUCACGCCCCCAGCGGAUAAAGAAGUCAAGAAAUACAGGAGACAUAACAGUUGCGACACGAACUAUAAGAAUAUCGAACUAAACAUUACGAAAUGCGACGACAACAAAGCUAUGGAAGACAAAGAACUGAUCGACAAAGAUGUGGUCGACUGCUGUGCCAAAAUAGCUUCUCUGCAAGUGGAGACAAAGCUCGAAGUCGAUAAAAACGAGUUAACGCCAACGCAUUCGAAUUCAGCACAAAUGAGACGACAGAGGUUAAAAUCUAUUUCUCUCGACUCUGACAAUGCUAAAAUAAUAGAACAGAAUCUAGGUCUACCUAUAGCUAAGCAAAUGAAAGAUCAGAUGAACGAGGCGUAUAAAAAUCAGGAUAUUAGUACAUCGUGUGAGAGUAUGGAGAGGAGAGGAGGCGAGGAGUAUCCUAGAUCGCCUCCCAGAGACAGACCUGUGUUCAAAUUCGAGGAGGAAGCGAAAGACAAAACAUCCGAAGAAGAAGAACCUAAAUCUCCUGAUCUUAAACAAAAGAAGUGUCUCAGACAAAGUUCAGACACGCAGUCGUUUAUAGACAUGCCUAGAUUCUCCCCUAAAGAAUUCGAGAUUACCGUAACGUCCGAGGAAGGCGCAACGACUCCUGCCGAAACGCAAACGAAACGCAAAGGGAAGAACUUGCGAAACCUAACAAUAGAUUUGACGAAACGCGACAGUGAAUUGGAGAAAGAGUUGUUGGAGUUUGAGAAACUUUACACAGACGCGGAAGAGAAGAAAGUUAAGACGCCGACGUUGAAAGUAAAAGCGACGUCUUUGGAUUCCUCGGAGACGGUGAACCUAUCGUUACCUCAGAAGAAAACAUUGGAUGUUCCUCAGAAUUCUGUAUCAGUUCCUAACACGCCUAAAAGGCAACUUAAAAGAAUAUUAGCGCAGAAGAAUGUAAAGCCUGAUUUCUCUGGUGGCAAGAUGGGGUAUAACUCCAUCCAGUCUUCAGCUGAGCAGAGGCGUCUUUAUAUGAAGGGUCAGGACAGCGGGAUAUAUCUAAGAGAGAACCACGCGACACUGAUGCUGUAUCAACCUGGUCCGUCCCGAUUGGGUUCCCGUACUAUGGGCUCAUUCGAAGAGAACGUUUCGGACAUGGAAAGACCAGAAAUCAAUAUAUCAGGAACAGACAAUAGAUACCAUAUGGAUUCAGGACAAACGUUAGGGUCGAAUUUGUUGAAUUACAAACAGAAUUUGAGCGUGUCCAGUACAAACUUGAAGACGUUACCAGAGGGUGUGCCCUCAGAUGAUUUUGAACCCAGUGCGGAAGAUGAGAAGUUUGGAAAGAAGCUGCACAGGCGGAAUUCCAAUCAGAGCCUUAUGCUGAGCGCACACAGUCUGCAAUCGUCUAACUGUUCUUUAAGCAGUGCGGGUGCUUCGUGCCACAAUUUGGCUACAGUCCGAACCAGUAUAUCAAACUUCAGUCUCAAUUCUGACAACCGCCAAAAGAAAUUAUCUUUGGAAAGACGAGAUUCGAACGCGUCUUUGGCAAAUGCUGAACAUUUGGCGCCUGCCACUAGAGUGAUUUGUUCUUCAAACACAAAUGUGUCUGGUGAGGGUUCUAAAAACUGCCUUUUACAGCGUCGCGGAUCGAAUAACAGUCUGACAUUGAAUAUUCACUCUUCAAACACGCUCAGCCGCCAUUCUAGCAACACUUCUCUGAAUAAGGACGCCAAAUCCGGCCAAAAGAAAGGCCUUCUAGAACGCCGAAGCUCAAACACCUCCCUAACAUUAAAUAUCAACAAUUCGAAUCCUCAGCUAUCAGUAAAUAAAGGACUCAGCAUUUCGAACUAUAACCUCAACGGAUCCACGUGUAAUUUGAGUCGAUACAACAGUAACUACAGUAUAGACAACCCUCCAACAGAACCUCGGAAAGGUAUUUUAGAAAGACGCAGCUCUAAUACAUCUUUGACGCUCAACAUUCAACCGCAAGAACAACAGGAGCCGAGAGACCUUGAGAUUGAUGAAACUUUAAUCGACAGUUCGUUAAAAGAACUGCCUCAUAGAGAUAAGCACCGAAAAUCUUUGAGCACAGAAAACUUAAUUCCCAAGUCAUACAAAAACAGAACGCGCUUACGCUCUUCAGAAAAAUGUGUUGGAUUCGGUUCGCACGACAACUUAUGGUCUACGUCUUAUACAGAACCGGACUACCCUCAAAACUUGACGUAUGUCUGUGGAGAUCAGGAGAAUGAGAUUAUAUACGCUUUUGGAAGACAGGAGGAUCCGAAUUGUCAAGCUGGAUUCACUAGAAACAUAACCACUAAGCCUUUAAGUCCACAAAGCACGUCUGAAGACUUCAGAUUGUAUUUAGCCAAUAUGCAACACCUUCAAAACGCGUCAAGUGUCCUCUCUCGGCAGCAAUUGAGAGAUUUGAAUGACGUCUUCCAAAACGGGUAUUCCAAAGUCAAAUGCCACAGUUCCACUGAAGGGCAGCAUUGCUGUACCAACAAGGUUGAGGAUAUGGCCAAGGAUAACCCCCAAAUGGUGAUACCCGACCUUCCGGUGCAACCUUGCUCGGAAUACCAAAAGAUGUUACUGCGGAAUUUGCACCAGGAGUUCUGGGAUAUGCCGACAAAUUUUCAGGAGAAGCCAAUAGUGUCAGGGUCUCAUCCAAAGAACAGGUAUAAGACGAUCCUGCCCAACGAACAUUCGCGGUUUAUCUUGAGAGGCGACGCGGGUUCCUGUGAGGGAUAUAUCAACGCCAAUUUCAUUAAGGGCCACGAGUACUCCAAAAACAGCUACAUAGCCACGCAGGGGCCGCUCCAGAAUACCAUAUACGACUUCUGGCUCAUGGUGCACCAGAACUGCUGCGACCACGCCUCCGCCGCCGCCUCCGUCCAGAAAAUAGUCAUGCUCACCAACUUCAUCGAGAACAACCGACAGAAGUGCGAAAAAUACUUCCCUCUCGAGCUCAACGAAGAAAUCGUGUUCGAAGGACCAGAAUAUUCCGAAAACGCGUACUUCGAAGAGUGCACAUUGAAAAACAAUUUCUUAAUCAAAAACUGUGGGAUGAUCAAAAAACCCGGGUAUACUAUUAGAAAGUUAGACGUUCGGUACCAAGUGAAAACGAAAAGUGACAGUGAAAGUGUGACGGUGUACCAUUAUUGGUUCCACAAUUGGGCGGAUCAUAAGUGUCCUAAAGACGUGAAUGCGCUGUUGAAUUUAAGUCUCGACGUUUUGAAAGACAAUACGUACGAUUUCGAUCAGGACGACGAUCAGAGUGACGAAUUGUGCAAGUGUAACGAUAGUCCAAAGCCGAGCUCUAAGUUUGUGUUUCCUCCGCUUGAAGCCCAAACCUUACCAUGUGAAGUGAAAGUGAGUGUGGACACUCCGUUGGAUUUUUCUGUAGAACAGCAAUCUCCUCCUGCCAUAAUCCAUUGUUCAGCUGGCAUAGGCCGUACGGGAUGCCUGAUCGCAAUCCUGAACGGUAUAAAGCAGUUGACGAACGAACAAAAGGUUGACGUUCUCGGUAUAGUGUGCAACAUGCGUUUGAAUCGAGGCGGGAUGGUUCAGAACUCGGAACAGUAUGAGUUGAUACACAAAGUGCUGUGUCUGUUCGAACAGGCGUGCUUGCCCGACUUAUAGCUAAGUUAGAUGUAGGCUUGCUGUGCUGACAUUUUGUAUAACAUCGCUGUUUGGUAAACUAUUCAGAAGUUCAUUAAAAAUCCAGUGUGCGAUAAAAAUGUACUUAUAUUCAGACAAAGAUUG